AUGUGGUUAGUUGCGAAAAACAGUUCCCUGCUGUCGCCUGAUCUGACGCUGAUCAUUUUACAUAUUGCCUUAAGAAAUUUAAGGGUGUUGGGGUCCAUCGGGCCGAGAACCUCGAUAUAUAUUGGCAAGAAUUUUAUCGAGGGGAGGGCGUUCCCAUAUUUUUUCAUUUUCCCGUCCGCUGCCCUGGCCGCGGCCAAACCGCAUUCUUCACUUGUCAGGUUUACAUCCCACGCCAAACAUCUGCCGGCUCUCCAAGGUAUUAGUGUGCAUCCGUCCGGGCGCCUACCACCAUGCGCAGAAAUGCCGGAUGGUUCCUUGAGAACCAGGAUUGAAGCCUUGGAGAAGAGCCGACAAAUGGCGGUGUGCAGGGCUCUGUCAAAUUCGCCCAAUUUAGAAGGAUCAAUGUGUUUGGAUGUACGCAGGAAGUACAUCAAUUUGGGCAAACUGAGGGCAUUGCGGAUAAUAGAGUUCAGUGUGUCGUCGAUUGGCAAGGGGCCUGAAAAAACAUCCUUAAGGUGCUGGGGUCGUAGGCCAUCCAGGCCUCCAGAAGAACCGUUUUUGAACGAUUUAACGGCCCUCAGCACCUCGGCGGGAGAAACGCAACCAGCCGUUGGUGCUAAUGCGGGGAAGAUCCGCCUCUCCACCGGAAUUUUUGGUUAUGUAUCACGCAGUGAAUGUUGUGAAGGUAGAGUUUGUGGUAGAGUUUCUGGUUUGAUCACACCUGCUGCUGCUGUCCGUGAAAACAUGUUGUACAGAAUUUCACUCAAUGCUUUGUCCAUGGUAAAUGUACUUGAAAAUCGCAAUACCAGCAUGAAUUAUUGCCUUUUCUAUGGCUUCUGUGCCAAGAAAGAUAUCCAUGUACUUAUCAAUUUCCCCGGCACUAAACCUGAAUUAAUACACUAA